CCUACGCGCCUGAAUGUGUUUACAAUUAUGCUGCCCUAAUGUUUUUAUAAAAUAUUAAUUGAGGUAAUUUACUUUUCCACCAACAUUACCCUAUAAUAUUUUUUUAAUGAUUAAACUUUGAACUUAAUAAAAAUAAAGAAAUAAUGUCCAAACACACACCUUUGAUGCAAAACCAUUAGAUUAUUAAAGCACAUAUUUAAUCGUCUUAAAAUGUCUGCCAAAAAACUAGUAACUUUUAUUGUUCUUGUUUAUUUUGCCAAAUAUACAUUUACUAAACUUUUGCCAAUUAAUCAUAUGAGAACAAAACUUGGUUCAAUUUUUAGUUCAAUCCGUUCAUCAUUUACAGACUGGAACAUGUGCUUAUACGUAGGAAGAAAUUCUUAUAGAUUCAACAAUGAAAACGUAUGUCCUUAUAUGGUGCUUGAUAAGCAAUUAAACAAACUGAAUGGGACUUAUUGGCCAUUAAUAAAUUUUGCUUUUGCUUUUUUGGAUAAACCUGAUGAUAUCAACAAAACAUUGUCUACACUGCUUAGCACAACGAUUUGGAAUCCCAGGCAAAAAACUAUAUUUAUUAUUUCAGAGACACCCAAAGAUUUUCCAGUGGCUAAUUUUAUGAAGUUUUUAUGGUCAUAUAAUUUAAUUAAAUUUAUUGUAAUAAUAGGUUACGAGGAUUUUCAUAUUUAUACAUACAAUAUGUUUGCCGAUAACAAAGUAAUCAACCUUAAAGUAAAUGAAGUAGGAGAAUAUUUUACCAAAACAAACUUGAAUUUUAAUUUGCAUCCUUUAAACGCAAUUCUUUUUAAUUACAAACCAAGUUUGUUUAAAGUUGGGAACCAAUGGAAAGGUACAGAUUACGGAAUAUAUCUUACAUACGUAAAAAUGUUAAAUGCUUCAGUGCAUUUAUUAGAGUGUGAUUUUUUUGACACGGCUUUUGAUAAUAUUAAACAUGGAGUGGGUGAUAUAGUAAUUGUUAGUCAUUUUAGAACCAACCGAAUUAAUAAUUUUGAUAUUAGCUUACCAACUGCCAUGGACAAAUUGGUAUUGCUAAUACCACGUACAGAUGCUGUAAAUUUUGAAUAUUUUUGGAACGAAGAAAAUUAUUAUUUUUGUUUGGGAAUCAUGAUCGUAUUCAUGUGUGUUGUGGUAGUCCUUAAACUUAUGAAGUGUGAACAUACUGUUUUGACCGCUUGGAGAAUAUUAUUUCAAUCUAGCGUGCCACAAUUGGACCAUAUAAAUGGAAAACUAAAAUGGUUUUUAGGAUUAUGGAUUAUUACAAGCCUUAUUAUGUCUAAUGUGUUUAGUAGUACUUUGUCUAGUAGCCUUUUAGCGCCAAAAUAUAAAUCCAAAUUAAAUACUAUAAGAGAAAUAGUAUCAUUAAAUGUAACUAUAAGAGUUUUACCGUACUACAAAAAGUUGGUUCCUGAAGAACUAGAACUUGAACCUUUAUUGGUUGCAGACAAUACUUUUACUGGCCAAGAGGUUACUCCAAACAAUUAUUAUUUAAUGCGACAGGACAUGGCAGAAUAUUACCAGGACACUGUUUUUGGACCCGACGGUGAUCCUUACUUUUAUAUUUUGGAUGAAGCAGUUACAUACGGAUUUCAAUUUUACAUCUUUCAAAAAAACUCACCGUACUUAAAUAUAAUAAACAAAAUUAUGCAAUACGAGAAGGAGUUCGUUCUUAGUCGACCAUUCCUAAAUAAAAAUAACUACGAACAGAAAAAUAAAAAUUUGAAAAGUAGAAAAUUUACUUUUACCACAGAAUUGCUAAUGCUUCUAAAUCUCUAUGGUUUUUGGGUUUUGGUAUUUAUAGGCGAAAUUAUUGCAUUCAAAUAUAAAUUGUAUUAAUAUUACAGCUUAAUUUAAAUUUACUUUAAGUAGGGAAGACCAGU